CAAGCGUCACUUCCACUGUGACGUCAUUUCACGUCGUUGCUAGUGCAUUGAACAACACAGACACAAACUGCACAAAUAUGGGAAAGUCAGGAUGUUUACCGCCCGGCAGCUGUCGGUGGCUCGUGCAAUUUAAGAAGUCGAUGAAUGCCAGGGUGGCGAAAUUCAAAAAUGACUUCAAGCGGAAGUUUUUCCGUGACAACAAGCAUCUGGGAGACCUGCGUGCCGACCAACUUCACAAUGAGACAGGAACCAGAGAUAUGGAAAUCACGAAAAAGACGACCAAGCCUGCAGCGGACAGCACUGUCCCUAAAGAGAAGGUCGUCAAGAAAUCAUCUUACGGUUAUCAACCCUCCUUGUAUGCUGAAGAAGCAAGUUCCAAGAUUCAACGGACUCAAGUUGUAAAGAAUUCAAACGACAGAAACAACCGGAACUCUUCGCCGAAUUGUCGCGAGUCAUGCCAGGUCACAAUAAAAGCUGUUGUUCAAGAACCCACUCAAACCCGUUCCAUGGAAGAAGAACUAGACGAAUUCGUGACUACAGUCAUCCGCAACUCUGUGGCACAUCUGAUAAAGGAAGCCAGCGUUACGUACCUAAUGAAAGAGUCAGCGGAGGACUUGCUGAAGAGACACGACAGCAAUGUGGAAACAACCGGCGAACACGUUAUCAAGGAUACCGACACCACCAACCAACACGUGGUCAUUGAUACCGACACCACCAACGAAUGCGUGAUCAUUGUUACCGACACCACCAAGGAACAGGUUGUCAUUGAAACCGACACCACAAACGAAUGCGUGAUCAUCGAUACCGACACCACCAACAAACACGUGGUCAUUGAUACCGAAUCCACCAAGGAACAGGUUGUCAUUGAUACCGACACCACCAACGAACGCGUGGUUAUUGAUACCGACACCGCCAACGAACGCGUGGUUAUUGAAACCGACACCACCAACGAACGCGUGGUUAUUGAUACCGACACCGCCAACGAACGCGUGGUUAUUGAAACCGACACCACCAACGAACGCGUGGUCAUUGAUACCGACACCACCAACGAAUGCUUGAUCAUUGAUACCGACACCACCAAGGAACAGGUUGUCAUUAAUACCGACACCACCAACGAACACGUGAUCAUUGAUACCGACCCCACCAAGGAACAGGUUGUCAUUGAUACCGACACCACCAACGAAUGCGUGAUCAUUGAUACUUACACCACCAAGGAACAGGUUGUCAUUGAUACCGACACCACCAACGAACGCGUGGUCAUUGAUACCGACACCACCAACGAACGCGUUGUCAUUGAUACCGACAUCAUCAAAGAAUCCAACGCCAUGAACGUCAUCAAGGCGUCAUCCGAGAUCGUCCUGAAGGAACAGGGCGACAAUUUUGACAUUACCUUCGAACAGUUUGUCAAGGAAACCGACAACGUGUCCGUAUCAUCAAGCGUGUUAAGCGCUUUUGCCGAGAGCGCAGUGAAGGCCAGUCUGUUUGAGAUGGAUGUCGUUGACAACGUUAACCACUCCGCGAGGGUCCCAACGCCCGCCGUCAAGGCUCGCAGAUCACCAAGGACAGUGAAGGAAUUCUUAGAGAUGAUUGGAGUACCAGAUUGCCGGGACAGCUCCAGCCUUCACCUUCCCGACGUCGACAUUUAGACAUUUAAAUUAAGCCCCAGUCUCAUAUAAGCACGGUUGGCUACGGCAGUUCCGGAUCAUAACGAAUACACCCCGAUCAAGAUCCGGGAUGAUCCGUGGACUGGUUGGUUUCUAAGCGUCAAAGGUUUUACCAAGAUCAUAACGUCGGUGACAACACGGCACGCAAACCGGCCAAACGUACCAACACGGACAAACCCGGCAGCAUAACGCAAUCAACACGGAACACACAGAACUACACGGCAGAAACACUUACCAUCAGGUUGGUUUUCGGUGAAUCCAUAGACUUACAAUCAGAUCUCGAAAGUGUAAACUCGAAAGUUUGUAUUUCGAUGUGACUCGUAAUUGAACAAUAUUAUCAGUUUGUUAUCAUCACACAGCACAAAAUCUUGCACAUAUAAGUAUCAUAUCAUGUCUUAAAUUUCGGACACGGACCCGGCGUCUUAGCUGAAGUAGGCCCGACGAUAUUCGCGUUGGUUAUUUGUUUCCUUUUUGAAGGAAGAUAGAUAGUUCGAAGAUAGAUCCGACAACACAUCUAUGAGCGGGUUGUCAUUUCGCCAUUGCCCUGGUUUGAUGUGAUAAUAUUCCAACUCGUCAGCAGCACUCGCAUUUUUAUGCCCAUAACGAAAUGAAGAUUCAGGAUCAGGCAGGCAGGCACACCAUUCCCUUGAUUAUGGUUUUCUGCUCUUGAACACUUGAAAACCCCGGGCUGAAUUAUCGCUACCUACUUCCAGCAAAAUGAAUCUGAAGCAGGUUUCGACCAAUGUUAUAUGAAUUAUGGAAUGG